AUGGGCGUCCUCGCUCGCUUCGCCAGCUUGCUUCACGAUGGAGAGAGCUCCGAGGCGUACGCGUACCAUCCCAAAGCCAAGCUCCACAAGGACUUCCUCGACUUUUGCGAUGUGCGGCCAAAGGUGCAGCGAAGAUCCAAAGAGGCCGUGUCCUUUCUGGCUCCGCCACCGCACUACGUUCCGGUCGAAGAGGGCCACGGGGAGAUGCCUGAGGGAGGCACACCGGGAAGGGUUACGGCGGCGCCGGUGGCGGUGCUGGCGGAUAUGGGGGCUAUGGUGGCCAUGGUGGUCAACCAGGCUACGGUGGAGCUGGCGGUUGGAACCAAGGCGGCGGAUGGCAGCAGGGCGGGCAAUGGCAAGGUGGUGGCUUUGGCAACGGCCAUGGCGGUGGCUUUGGCAAAGGCUAUGGCAAAGGCCAAGGCUUUGACCCAGGCUACGGUGCGGCGGGGGCGGGGGCGGGGGCGCUUGGCGGCGGGGCUCUGGGUGCGGGGGCCAUGGGUGCUGGCGCAGCCGGCGCAGCUGGCGCCGCUGGUGGAGGCGCGACGCGACUCCGCAGAGGACCUCGCGGCUGCCUUCGGCGUGGGGAAAGGUUCGAGCGAGACAAGGUCAGCUAACCCACCUGGGUGCCAGGAUGGGGGCUGCCCGGCGGACCAGCCCGGGGUAGUUUGCUCACCCUGCGGGAAAGAGAACCACACGGUGGGCCGAGGCCCCUUCUCUCGCUUCGGGCAGCAAGCUGGCAUUCGCCGCGGCGUAGCGCAACGCUCUGGCCGAGCUCUGGGAGCGGGCGCGGCGGGUGCGGCGAUGGGAGGAGCGAUGGGAGCUGGCUACGGUGCUGGCUACGGUGCCGGCUAUGGCGCCGGCUACGGUGCCGGAGGUGCCGGUUAUGGCCGAGGAGGCGGUGGUGGCUCCGGAGGCAACGGCUAUGGUGGCAAUGGCUACGGAGGCGAAACCUGA